AUUAUGGGAUGCCUAUGUUCAAAAGGAACACAUGUUAACAACCAUGUUGCCGAAUAUGAAGCGAAGAAAGAAACGGAGAGAAGCCAACGGCCAACUGAGCUAACUCCACCGGAGGAGGUGACAGUGAAAGGCAACGACGCCUCCCGGAGUUCCCGAUCGUCGAUGAAAUCGAGCUUGCGAUUGCAUUCAGUUAAGGCCGAGCCAGUUGAACAAAACCCUAAGGAUAAGAUCAUCGAUAGGCCAGCAAGCGGACACCGAAGGAAUUUCACAUUGGAUUCGAUGCGAGGAAGAGGGAGGCAAGAGCCGGCCUCAAGUAUCAUGAGCAUUCCCCACGGCGCCAAAGGCGCUGGAUGGCCGCCCUGGCUCACUUCCGUUGCCGGGGACGCCGUCAAAGGAUGGACUCCUCGGAGUGCGGACUCGUACGAGAAGUUAAAGAAAAUCGGACAAGGGACGUACAGUAGCGUCUACAAGGCUCGUGAUCUCACGAACGACAAGAUCGUAGCGAUGAAGAAGGUGAGAUUUGUUCAGAUGGAACCGGAGAGUGUUCGUUUCAUGGCAAGGGAGAUCGGCAUCCUUCGCCGGCUAGACCAUCCGAACGUGAUGAGGCUCGAAGCCAUCGUGAUCUCGAGUCAGUCGGGGAGUUUGUACCUCGUGUUUGAGUACAUGGAGCAUGACCUAGCCAGACUUUUAGCGUCUUCGAAGGUCAAAUUCACCGAACCACAGAUCAAAUGCUACAUGCAGCAGAUUUUACGCGGGCUCGAGCAUUGCCACAGUCGGGGUAUUCUCCACCGCGAUAUCAAGGGUGCAAACAUCCUCGUCGACAGUAACGGGUCCCUCAAGAUUGCAGACUUCGGCUUGGCUACAAUCCUCAACCCCAGCAAGAAGCACCCCUUAACGAGCAGGGUCGUCACUCUCUGGUACCGAGCUCCCGAGCUGUUGCUCGGAGCAACAGAUUAUGGAGCAGCCAUUGAUUUGUGGAGUGUUGGUUGCAUUCUUGCUGAGCUCUUCACUGGGAAGCCUAUCAUGCCUGGUAGAACAGAGGUGGAACAAACACACAAGAUAUUCAAGCUGUGUGGCUCACCAACAGAAGCCUUCUGGAAAAAGACGAAGUUACCACUUGCUAGUAGCUUCAGAUCACAGCGCGUCUACAAGCGUAGCGUUUCUCAGACAUUCAAGGACUUCCCCUCGUCUACAUUGGCUCUUCUUGAAGUCCUCCUCUCCAUAGAUCCACAGGAACGGGGCACUGCUUCUUCUGCACUCAAUAGUGAGUUUUUCACUUCGAUGCCUCUGCCCUGCGAGCCAUCUAAACUGCCAAGGUACCCUUCAAGUAAGGAGCUCGAGGCCAGGAUGAGAGAUGAGGUAGCAAAGAGGCGAAGAGGCGAAGCCGGUAAAGGAGGUAAAGAAGAUGAUGCAAACAAGAUUUCAAACACACAGAAAGCUAUUCCAGAGGGACAGGGGAUACCAAACACGAGCACAAAUUAUCAGUAUAAUAAUCCAGACAGCAGUAAUGUAUUAUUCCCUAUUGUUCCUCCGAGAGUUAGGAAUGGAUGUACUCACCAGUCGAAGUCCGUGAUCCACCCGAAUGCAGCAGGAUACUCUUGGAACAAGAAGAUGAAUGAUGAUCCCGGCCACUCAGUCCACGGCCAGCGCCACAACCAUCCUGCAGAGCUCAUGAGACAGGGAACUGAACUACGUCAACCUAUGGUAGACUCCUCCGACUUCCAUCCAAGGAAUGGCCGGAGGGGAUUGCAUAAUGACUCAAGGGGGUCAAGAAAAAACAAGAUCAAUUACUCCGGGCCGUUGAUGCCUCCAGGAGGAAACGUGGAGGACAUGCUUAAAGAGCACGAGAGGCAAAUCCAAGUGGCAGUGCGCAAGGCGCAGCUCAACAAAGACAGGUCAAAUGUAAAGAUCGAGACAAACUGCAAAGGUUAAGAAUAGAUCUACUAGAAAAUGCAGCAAAAGAAAACAACUUACAUAAAAUGUAUAUGGAAGUAAAUUGCCUUAAAGAUUAAUGACAAAGCAGAAUUUGUUGGGGAAGAAGAUAAGAGUCGAACUAGCUGGAGGAGGGAAUGCUGGCUAUGGUUAGUUCAGUGCUAGUCGAGCAAAUUUUAAGUAAAACGUACAAGUCUGUCUAUGAGGAGAUUCAUAUUUUGGGCAGGAUAAUUUUCUAACAUUGUAGAAAAUGUAACCAUCUUAUUCUUAAAUCAAUAGCUUCUAACAAUCUAACUAGAAAAAUUAGAUUCAACUAAAAACACUAAAAGAGCCGGUUUUCUAGGUGUCUGAAUAAUUUUUGCCAACUCGUUUCAUUGCAAACUCAUACGCUCUUUGUUAAUGAUAUCUGAGUACCAGAGGAAACAAGAUAACCAUGAAUCGAAAAAAUACAUGCCGGUGUAAAAUAUUCUUCAUAUAUCAAGAACCAUUGCAAACCAUAGGAAAAACCAAAUGCAAACUUCUCAGUUUCUUUUAUUCAGCAAUACUAUUCAAGCCUCUCUAAAAUUUGGUAGGAAAACAACCAAUGCUAGGUUUCCUUCAUUUCAAGAACAAAACUCAUCGAAGGCUACUCACACUAACUUGUACGGCUACACCCUAGACCAAACACUCAGCAUAAAAUGUUUCUUCUCUUACAUGUAAAAAGUAGAUUUUGAGUAUCGGGACCUUCCCUGCGCUGGUGCAGAAAAAUCACCAUAGCAUUGUGACACUGAUCCCUUUUCCACUUAGCUAAUAGCUAUGUUUCAAAGUCUGUUGUUGCAAAGCUGUAAUUAAGUUCGACAUAAUUGAAUCAACAACAAUACUUCUAAACAAAUAAAUGAAUGGAUUCUAACUUCACUCACUCAAUCAUGAGCCAAAUGGAGCAGCUUCUACUAUAUUGUGCAUUUUUUGUUUUUA